AUGAACGUGUUGAGUAGAUCGGUGCAUGACUAUCAAUUUGGUAAUAAGAUCGGUGAAGGGUCAUACUCCACGGUUUAUUCUGCCAUUGACAUUCAUACCAAUAAGACAUUUGCCAUCAAAGUGCUUUCCAAGAAACAUAUCGUCAAGGAGAACAAGAUCAAGUAUGUGAACAUCGAGAAGCAGACUUUACAUCGGUUGGGUCAACAGCAUCCCGGGAUAGUUCAACUUUAUUAUACGUUUCAAGACGAGUCGUCAUUAUUCUUUGUGCUUGACUUCGCCGAGUACGGAGAGCUUUUAUCAAUUAUACGUAAAUAUGGGUCCCUAAGUGAACAAGUGACUAGGUUCUAUAUGUGCCAGUUAAUUGAUGCUGUACUGUUCAUUCAUCUGAAGGGAGUUAUCCAUAGAGAUUUGAAGCCCGAAAAUAUUUUGGUGGGGUACGAUUUCAAUCUUAAAAUCACCGAUUUUGGGGCCGCAAAGCUUCUUGACAUCGAUGAAGAACCUCAAUCAGAGAAUAUAGACUAUAGAGGAUUAGACGAACUCAAUGGGCCAGUUCCUUCAAAUGAUAGCAAUACUGCCAAUAAUAAUAAUAGACGGGGGUCUUUUGUGGGGACAGCAGAGUAUGUUUCACCUGAACUAUUAAGAGAUAAUGUUUGUGGAUUUGAAGCUGAUGUUUGGGCUUUAGGCUGCAUUUUAUAUCAAUUCUUUAAUGGGAUUCCACCUUUCAAAGGAGCUACAGAGUAUUUGACGUUUGAAAAGAUUGUUCAUGUCAAUUAUUCUUAUCGUCAAAAUUACCCUUUACCUCCGGGUGCGAUUGAAAUUAUAGAUAAGAUUCUUGUGGAUAAUAUAAGCAAGAGAUUAACCAUUGGACAAUUAAAAGAGAUGCCUUGGUUUCAAGGUAUUCCAUGGGAUAAUAAAGGGUACAUUUGGAAUCGUAAAGUUCCUCGGUUUGAACCGUACACCCCAACACCAAAUCAUAGUGGUGGAUCUCCAAUGGCACCAGCAGGAUUGAAAAAAGCAGUUAAUAAAUCUGCUAGUUAUCAAAAACUACAUGCACAAAUCCAAAAUUCUUCAGAUUAUAGUUUUAUUCCUGCUGUUGGAUCUGCUAAAAGAGCGUAUGCUCCUCCAACAAUUAUUAAAAAGAAUCCCCAAAUGACUAAUAAUAAUAAUAAUGUUAUGUCAAACAACUUUAAACCUUCAAUUCAACCUAUGCAUCAAUUUACACAGUCUCCUAAACAUAAGCUUGGACCUGAUCCUUUUAAUCAACAAAUGACCAACAACUGCAACAACAACGACAAUAAUCCUAGUAGUAAUAAAGAUCCUCCAAGUCCUCAAAAACCAGGUUCUAGGAAUAUAAGACAUAAAACGGUAUUUUCCAAUGUUAUACCACCACCAAACUUACAGAAAUCAUUACCUCCAAUUGACCAUUUGAGAAUAGAUAAUACUACUAAGCAAAGGAGUCCACAGGCUGCUAAGGCCUCAUCUUCAUCUCAAGUCUCCAAAGCACCUGCGUCUCAGGUCCCCAAAGCACCUGCGUCUCAGGUCCCCAAAGCACCUGCGUCUCAGGUCCCCAAAGCACCUGCGUCUCAGGUCCCCAAAGCACCUUCUGAGCUUCCCAAAGCACCUUCUUCUGCGAAGAAAUCAGUAGUAGCAGCAGCAGCUGCUGCUGGUGCUGUUCAACAUCCGUACCAACAACUUAAACAGAAUAGUUUUAUUCCAGUUAAAUCAGGCAUUUCAAAGAACAUUAAGCUUAAGGAGAUCUCAUCUUUGCUUGAUGCCAAUGAGAAGAUCUUGAAGAUGGACGUAAUAUUAAAGCUGGAUUUAAGUCAUAAGGUUGUGCAUCGGAAACCCAAUGAACCUUUAGGAGAUUCUUCCAUAGAAGCAAUUAUCAAGAAACAUAAGAGUGAGUUAAAAUCUCUGGCCAAACCAGUCAUUACUGUCAUCACGAACCAUGCCCGAGUACUUUUCAUUGAUUCAACUUUAUUGGUGAUGUUGAUAGAUUUAAAGGCCAACCAAGGAGCUGAUUAUCUGAUGUAUGAUUACGAAUUCGAGUCACUUAUGUUGAGUGAUGACGAAAAUGACCAGAGUGUCGAAGCCAACGGAUACUUAAUACUUGAGUUGAAUAAAGAAGGUGGAGAUUUGAUCUUCUUAAAGAGAAUUUUAUCUGAAACCAAGUUAAAGGAAACAAUUAUGGUCGUGGAUAAGAAUGGGAAAGAACUUGUUCUUGGAGGCAACAUUGGAUGGAUAGACUGUUUAUUACUAGCUAAAGAUAUCAUACAAAAGACUCCACAAGAGAAGCAGCAGUCCAAGAGCAACUCCACCAACAGUAACAACGUUGUACCCAAGCCCAAAACAACUACUACUACCACUACUACGACUAAAAAGACAUCUACAAACGAUGGGAAUACCAGAUCCAAGUCUCCACUGCUAAUGACACCUCGAAUGGCCCAAAAUAGCUCUAAUUCGAGCUCCAAUGGUCUGGGAUCAUCGUCAUCUAUGAGUAAGUUUGCCUAUGCCGCAGCAGCAGCAGCUCAUAAAUAUUAA